UCCGGCCCAUUACCAACCAUGGAGAUCACGACGCCUGAAAUCAGCAAGAAGAAGAAAGAGGAGAACGACGUCGUUCCGGAGAGCCUGGAGUUCCUGACGGUGAGGCGCUACGCGCCGCCGUCCUGGGCCUCCCAUCUCAACCACAUUCCCACGCACUUCUCUUCUCUUGGCCACUUUACUACUCCCAUUCACAAAUGGAACCUUCCAAAUCUGCCAAAGAAUACCCACGUCUGGAUCAAGCGGGAGGAUCUUUGUGGAAUGCAACUGAGUGGGAAUAAAGUCAGAAAAUUAGAGUUCUUUAUAGCGGAUGCUCUGCAGCAAGGCGCCGACUGCAUAAUUACUGCAGGAUUCGUUCAAAGCAACCACUGUCGUGCCGCUGCUGUCGCCGCUAAGUACUUCAAUCUCGACUCUUAUCUUAUUCUAUUCACUUCCAAGGCCCUUGUAAACGAAGAUCCAGGAUUGAAAGGAAAUCUUCUCGUGGAGCGGUUAGUUGGAGCUCAAGUUGAGCUUGCCCCAAUAGAAGAUCUUAAAAAAUUUGGCUCUGUUGUGCCAUUCACGGAUUGCCUAAAGUCAACAUUACUCGCUGAAGGAAGAAAACCGUAUGUUAUUCCUGCUGGAGGAAGUAAUACCCUUGGAAAUUGGGGCUAUAUUGAAGCAACUAGGGAGAUUGAAGAACAGCUGAAUGGGACGAUCAAGUUUGACGAUAUCGUUGUAGCUUGUGGCAGUGGAGGCACGCUUGUUGGUUUGUCAUUGGGGUCAUGGUUAAGUACCCUCAAGGCAAAAGUUCAUGGAUUCUCUAUAUUCGACAACGCUCAUAAUUAUUUUCACGACCUUGUUCAACGCUCGCUUGACAGCUUUGGUGUUAGUAUUGACUGGCAUGAUAUUGUUGAAGUUCAUCAAGCGAAGGGUUUGGGGUAUGCGAUGAACACGUGUGAGGAGCUUCAUUUUAUUAAAGAAGUAGCUCAGUCUACUGGCAUUGUUCUGGAUCCAGUGUAUAGCGGGAAAGCUGCUUAUGGAAUGAUGAAAGAAAUGAGUGAAAAUCCAAGCAAGUGGGAAGGGAGGAAGGUUUUGUUCAUUCACACAGGAGGACUGUUGGGGAUGUAUGGCAAAGUUGAUGAGUUUGAGUCCAUACUGUCGGGAAAAUGGCGUCGUUUGGACGAUCAUCUAAUUGUGCCUCCGAUUGAUGACGUUGGAAAGAUGUUCUAAAACAGCCGUAGCCCCGUUGGUACUUCGUAUUAUUAUUAAAAUAUAAUGAUC